AUGCCCGCCUUCUUCCAGUUCACACAGGGCUCUGAAUCGCGCGUCCGGCCUACAGACUCGUCGCCUUUGCUCGGUCGCUAUCGAGCCGUGCCCCCUCGUCCUGGCAUCGGACCACGCCGACCAAGCAGCCCUCUGGGACUGUUGUCUAACGGGCGCGACAGCAUACACGUUGGCUACGGGGCGCUGAUUGUGGCCGAGAUCGAGGCGGGGCUUCUCAGCGACGGCUCUGGCGAGGAUGAGAGAGCGGUUGGCGACUCGAGGUGGGAGCGGCUGUGGCAGAGCUACUUCAUCGAUCUCUUUGUUGAUCCAAGGCCGUCGGCGGUGAAGCGCGUGGUGGACAGGUGGUGGAGUCGAUAUGGACUGCUCGUCUUCCUCCCCGCGGCGCUGGCCGUUGCGUGGUGUGCCGUGCCUUUCCCGCAGUACUCGUUCCCGGACGAAGGCCACGACGGCGAUGAAUCGAAUGACAUCUGGCUGCGACUGAUACGAACCACGGUGACGUUCGAUAGCAAGGUCCCCGGUCACGGAGCGGCCCGUGUGCAAGUCAACUUUUGGUUCUUCCUCUUCGUCUACUACGGCUUCUACAACCUCAGUGCUCUGAUUUGGAUCACCAAAGUAUUCAAUCUUUACAGGUUGAACUGGUGGCCACAGUCUUUUGGAUUCCCAAUAACAAUCUCUCUUCUGGCCAUCUUAUCUCUUGCUGUACCCAUUCCCGUAUACUUCAUACCUUCUACUCGCUUUCUCACCGCUCACAAUACUGCUUGGGUGUCAUGGACAUUCAUCGUCAUGGCCAUGCCGGUCGCCAUCGCCUUUCUCAUCUUAAUGACAAACGAGCGUCAUAUUGGGUUACGGCACUCUCUCUCUGAGACGCAGCGCAUCUUCACUACCUCAUGGUGGACAGGAGAGCCCGACUCGUUUCCUAACCGACACCGCCGCCGUCGCGAUCUCCCUGAAGACCUCUGGGAGCAAGAUGUUCUGAGAGUCCUGCCUCCUUCUGGUGCAUCUAGAGUGUCACUGAGGCGACGGUGGCUGCCAGCAAGCUUUGUGAGGUUUCUGUGGUUCUGUGUAGCCCUCUUCAUCGGGCUGAUGGCGUAUGUUUUGGGAGAAGCGUAUGCUGAAAUUUACCUCCGCACAUUGCCUCACAACAACUUUGAAACUAUUGUAUAUGUGUACGGCUGGGUAGUGACGGUGCAUUUACUGGACGCUUUGACGGGAUGGGUGCUGGGCAUCAGGGAGGGCGAGCGCGUGGGAAGCUAUCCUUUGAGCUGGGUCUUUAAGCUCUAUUUUAUGCUCACCUACCAGACCUACGUCCGAGCUCUAUACGCCCGCCUCCGCUCGCCGUCCCAAUUCGUUAUUCUUCAAAUUUUCUCUUCCACGGGACUGGUCAUCAUUUCGCCCAUCAUGAUGACUCGCUUAUUCCACAAGAUCCUCACCAUUCUCGGUCUUAGUGGGCUAACAUAUGGCACAUAUCAAAAGCUGCAAACUCGAAACCUCUUCAUCCGCUUUCUAGCCGAAAACACGUCCAUGGCCACCUUCUUGGGGAGCAUCCUAGUGCUUCACUUUGGCGCCAACAAGGAGGUGUACCCAUACUUUGCCUUUGACAAGGCCGAGGACGAGACGCUGCAGUACGACUUUAACCUGACGUUUUACGCCUCCAUGGUGACGUGGGGGUGCGAGCUGGUGGCGAGUCUGGUCGUGAGAGGGCUGAUUGCCCUGUUUUUCAAAAUCGACGUUGGGCUGGAGGGGAAAUUGGAUCUGGCUGUCUGGCCGGAGCUUUUGCCUACCAGUGUUGCUGUCAUUCUCCACGUUUUGCAGAAUAUGCUCUUCUCUAUUAUACGUUUGCAGUUUCGUACAUGA